GCAUAACCCAAAAAAAAAAAAAAAGAAAAGAAAAGAAAGGGUAUGAGUAUGACUCGUUAUUACAACGAUGGAACCCCUCUUCCUCGUGCAGUCGUGCUCUACCGUUCAAUCCCAGGCCGCCACCGCGCACCACCCGGCACCCACCCUACCGCAACGCAUCUCGUGCUCUCAUCUCUCAGCCUUUCAAGUUUCAGCAGGGUUUCCAUAUCCUGGAGAAAUCAUCCGUGUUAUAUAUUUUGUUGCUUUGUUGUGUAAAUUGUAAACAUAUACUGUAGUUAUAUAUAAUAUCCUGUGAUUAUGAUUAUCUUUUCUAUAGAAUAUCAGUGUUUAGGGUUUUAGACUUUAGUUGCUGUAAUCUCCAAUCCCAAAUGAAAAGCAGCACUAUGUUAUUAGAUGAGAUGAAAUGAGGCAGGUGAAGGCGCUUCAACUGUUUCAUGAUUUGGUGAACAAGAAUGAACCAGCUCGGUUGCUUGGUUUGGAUGUCGGUGAUAAAUACGUUGGUCUUGCUCUUUCCGACUUCCAGAACAAGAUUGCUUCACCCUUCAGUGUUCUGGUCAGGAAGAAAUCAAAUAUUGAUUUAAUGGCUUCCGAUUUCGAGACUCUAAUCUCUAAAUAUUCAUUGAAGGGCUUUGUUGUUGGCCUCCCUUUCAGCUGUCACCGUGUUUCGACUGAUGCUGCACAAGUGAAGGUCUUAAUUGAUGCCCUUUCUAGAACUAAAAAGCUUCAAGGUCUGAAAUAUACUUAUUGGAACGAGUCUUUCACGUCAAAGAAUGUUGAAUUGCUCUUAAGGCCUUUGAACUUGAAUAAUGCAGUUCAUUCCAAGACUAUGCUCGACAAAUUUGCUGCUGUAGGGAUACUCCAGGGGUACCUGGAUUAUGUUAACAGAAAAAUGAAGUUAAUGGAAACAGAGUAAGACUCUAAUAAUGGUAUCUCUUUCUGCAGGUAGGCAUGAGCCAGAUAUCACAUGUAGAAAACUGUUGUUGUAAAGGUGUAAGCACCAAAGUAGGGGAAGGAAAAAUUGGCUUCACAGAAGAUCAAACGUGUGACAUCAACUCCAGCAAAUUUUAAACCUUUUAAAGUUGAACGGCAAGCUUGUUGUGAUUGACUCUAUUCAAUUUAUUUCUUGGAGAUUAGCAGAGAAAUUAUUAACUUUCUUAUGUAUGGUUUCAUAGAAAGAGCAGAGAAAGUAGAAAAAAUACUUGGUCUCAGCAAUUUGACUGCCCCACCAAAUAGACUACAACCAAUUUCUUUGGAAAGCAAGCAUCAAAUUAUUUCA